AUGUGGGUAGUUGGCACUCCGUAUGGGGGGUGCAGCAGUGCCUCGUCUACCGUCGAUGACUGCGUGUUGCAGGAGGGCGGCGAGUCGUGGCAGGAGGCUGGCCGCCGCCUCACGCUGUACGGACGCGCCGCCAAGUUCCGGCGCCAGAAGAAGGCCGCCAAGACGCUCGGCAUCGUCGUGGGCGGCUUCCUGCUCUGCUGGUUCCCCUUCUUCCUCAUCCUGCCCAUCGACGCGUCGUGCUCGUCGUGCGACCUGUCCGGCGCGCCGUUCACGUUCGCCUUCUGGUUGGGCUACUUCAACAGCUGCAUCAACCCCUUCAUCUACGCGUGCUCCUCGCGCGAGCUGCGGCGCGCCUUCCGCGCCACCCUCUGCUGCGCCUGCCGCGGGAGAUUGUCUUCAGCAGGUUUCUCUGCCAACUUUGAUGUUGCUAUGCCUCAUCAGUCACAGCGCCGGGAUUAA